CUUUCUUCCCCCCGCCAUGGCCUAUUGCCUAUUGCCUAUUGCCUUUUGCCUUGUGCCUGUUCCCAAUCAAAUGCCCGCGAAGAAAAUUCAAAGGGGGGCCGCAAAUCCAAAUCUCUGCAGUUUUUGUAUUUGAAAAGUAAAAGGGUGGCGUAUUUUCAACGUUCAAUUUAUCUUUUGCACCAUCAGCUUGUAAUCACCACACCCCUUCUUUUUGCCUAUAAAAGGACAUGCUCUGUUUAUACUCCAUCACCAAGCCCAAAACCAAGAGCUUAAUUGAGCUCAGUUUUAUAACUUAGCCAUCUCAAUUUAGCUUCUUUUUUCUAUCUUUCCCUUCCAUUAUAUAAUAUGGCUUCUCUUAACGCUAUUACUGUUCCUUUGGUUUUGUGUUUGUGUUUGAUGGUUGGGUGUGCCACUGCUCAGCUGAGCUCCACUUUCUACGACUCCACAUGUCCCAAUGUGUCCAGCAUUGUGCAUGGUGUUGUGCAGCAAGCUCUCCGAGGUGACGACAGAGCUGGGGCCAAACUCAUCCGCCUCCACUUCCACGAUUGCUUUGUCGACGGAUGUGACGGGUCGGUUCUACUAGAGGAUCAGGAUGGCGUGGUGAGCGAGCUUGGUGCGCCAGGAAACGGAGGCAUCACAGGAUUCAACAUCGUUAACGACAUCAAAACUGCUGUGGAGAAUGUUUGCCCAGGCGUCGUCUCCUGUGCCGACAUUCUAGCCCUAUCCUCUCGAGAUGCUGUUACAUUGGCAGGAGGAGAGGGUUGGACAGUUCAAUUGGGAAGAAGAGACAGCAGAACAGCAAAUGUGGAUGGAGCCAGGAAUAGGCUUCCAAGUCCUUUUGAGGAUCUCUCUGUACUUCAAAGAAAGUUCAGUGAUGUUGGCCUAGAUGACACCACUGAUCUCGUUGCUUUAUCCGGUGCACACACGUUCGGGCGAUCAAGAUGCAGAUUUUUUGACAAUCGGUUGGACGGUUCAAGCCCGGACCCGCCCCUGGACUCGACGUACGCAGAUCAGCUCCGGCAGAGUUGCCAACCCGGAAGAGACACGUUCGUGAAUCUGGACCCCACCACUCCGGACACGUUCGACAGCAACUACUUCACAAAUCUCCAAAACAACCGUGGCCUGCUGGGAAGCGACCAGGUUCUGUUCUCCACCGCCGGGGCUCCCACCAUCAGUAUCGUCAACAGCUUCGCCGGCAGCCAGAGCCAGUUCUUCUCCGCCUUCGCUCAGUCCAUGAUUAGAAUGGGAAAUCUUGACCCUUUGACCGGAACCGCCGGCGAAAUCAGGUCCAAUUGCAGAAGGCUCAACUGAAAAACACACCCACAGAUUAAGUAAUACGUGCCGUCCAAGUGUAUUAUAAUUCAUACAAAUGCAUCUGUCCUGUGUCGUUUAAUUUCCAUCGGUUAUGUCGUCAAAGUUCAGACCCAAUAGCCAAUACAAUUAAUAAAUAGUAAAUAAUGUAAAACGGGAGCGGGCGGUGGAUCCCUUGCUCAAGCUUUCGUUUGAUUGGAGUCCUUGUUUAGUUUAGUUUCAGGAAGACAAAAUAUAUAUACUUUUGUGUUUCUAUCUACUUUGUUU